GAAUCUGCCUUUCCCGAUCGGCCAAAGCGCUUCAACGGGAACCUUUCGUAGAGAUAGAAAAUUAGAGCAAACUCGGAUCACUUCCUCGCGCGGGAAUGAAGGAUUAGGCGCUGUCCAAUAGGGCGCAUUUUCAGCAAAGCGCUGCAAAGGAGGCGAAAACGGGACUUUCCGUCGGUUUUUGGCAGAAAUUAAGGUCGUGCAUCGCUUUGUAGGAUGUGGCUUGAUAACAUUGAUGACUCCAGUCUCUCCAGGCAAAUGGGAUGGUCUCCGCUAAAAAAUCCAGUUGAUUUGUUUCAUUCAGAACCCGUCGUGAAAAUAUGUGCUCCUAUGGUUAGGUAUUCAAAAUUGUCUUUCAGAACUUUAGUCAGGAAAUAUGACUGUGAUUUAUGCUACACACCAAUGAUCAUUGCAGCUGAUUUUGUCAGAUCUUUGAAAGCCAGGCACAGUGAAUUUACAACAAACCAAGGUGACCAUCCUUUGAUUGUUCAAUUUGCUGCUAAAGAAGCACAAGUUUUGGCAGAUGCAGCUGGGCUUGUGAGUCCGUUUGCGGAUGGCGUAGAUUUAAACUGUGGUUGUCCACAAAGGUGGGCCAUGGCAGAAGGCUAUGGUGCUUGCUUAAUAAACAAACCACAACUGAUACAAGAGAUGGUGAGAUCAGUAAGAAAUCAAGUGGAAAAGCCCACAUUUUCAGUAUCUAUUAAGAUACGGAUCCAUGGAGAUCUACAGAGGACUGUAGACCUCUGCCAAAAAGCAGAGUCAGCUGGCGUAUCCUGGAUCAGUGUACACGGGAGAAGUGUAGAAGAAAGACAUCAGCCAGUGCGCUACGAUGCAAUUAAGGCAAUUAAAGACAGCGUCUCCAUACCGGUGGUAGCUAACGGUGACGUGAAGUCCCUGAAAGAUGUGGAGGCCGUUCAUCAAAGAACAGGAGCUGAUGGUGUCAUGGUUGCGAGAGGGCUCUUAGCCAACCCAGCUUUAUUUACAGGGUAUGAAGACACACCUCUGCAGUGUGUCCAGGAUUGGGUGGAUAUAGCCCUUGAGCAGGGUACCCCUUUCACCUGCUUCCAUCAUCAUUUAAUGUACAUGCUGGAGAGGGUGACUUCGAAACAAGAAAAAAAGAUUUUUAACGUUUUAUCAAGUACGUCUGCUGUUUUGGACUACCUUAGAGAUAAUUAUGGUGUUCGGUAGCCUUCUAGAUAUAUUUAAUUGUGAAAAGACCAGACUCGUUUAUAAAUUCUGGAUGCCUACAGUUGUUUUUUCUACUCAAGGAUUUCCGUAUGUGCAUUUAUACAAUUUUAGCAUUUUCUUAUGAGCAAAUUGUGAAUAAAAGCAGCAACCGUCCAUAGGUUUAUUUAGCCCUUAUCAAGCAAACUGUACUUCAAUAGGUGCAAACUGUGAACCUUAAUCUCAGGUUGGUUUGUUCGGACUGAGUGCAGCUAUAGACAUGGCUACGUUAUAAAAAUAAUUUAAUAAAAGAGAUACACAGACAAACCACAAGCAAUAAAUCUUACUUUUUAAGAUCAAAGAUUUAUUUCGUGAGUAAUUUGGAGCAUGAAAGGCCAUCAUAUCAUUACUUAUAUCAAUAGCCCAUUGCAAUGAGGUCCAGAGACAGUAGUAGCUAACUUCAGAAAGGAUAGUUACUAUCAAUGGCCCUGAUUUGAGAUUUACCCCCUUCUUUUAUACCCUUCUUCUUCUGAAGCCCACCCAGUGGUAUGUAAUCUCAGUGGAUGCACUACCCUAUUCCCUCAUACUGUCCAUCAAUUAACACCCACUUGUAGGUAACUUGCUUACUAUCUGCUACUUUCAGUUCCGCUUUUUCUCAAUGUCUCAGAUAUUUGUGAUCCAAAAUAGCUAUUUUUUAUUGUUCAGCAAAUAUAUGCUUUUUGCGGAUAGUGAACCUAUUGCCGUGCCUGCAAAAUCAGCUCAGCAGAUUGCAAAUAUUUCGCCAUGCUUGGAAAAUCAGCUCAGCCAGCAUUAUAAUAUAUACUUAAUUUGAGGCCUUCAAUUAAGCAGAGACCUACACCAACUUUAGGGCCCAGUUGUCCUUUUCUCACAGCUAUAAUAUACAAAGAUGCUGAUUGCAAUCACAUAUGCAGGUAGUCCUCGACAUAUGACCAUAAUUGAGCCCAGAAUAUAUGUUGCUAAACAAGACAGUGCUUAUGUGAG